CGCCCCUCCUCUUUUCUCAUCCCGGUCUAGUUUGUCGUCCCCUCCAAGUUAACCAGUCCCGACUCUGCUCUCUCUUCGGGUGAGCCGAAGAACCGCUCGCCUCGGUCCCAGUCAUGGAAGAAGACAAUAUAAUAAUGCCCGUUUGACCCACGGAGUCGGUCCAAGAUGCCAGGCCUUUUGUCCAGCCCCGUGUGUCUGACAGUCAUCUGGUUUUUGUCUUGGUCACUGCGUCCCAGCCGGGCUCAGAUUUGGACCGAUGAAGUGUCGGACGUGCAGUUUGGGCGUUUGGAUUCCAACGUGACACUGGCAUGUGGGAAGUCACAAAUCAGUAUCCCUGUAGUGUGGCGUCACAACCACAGCUCGGUGCUGCCGUGGCACCAAGUGACAUCAGACGGGAAGUUGGCCCUGCUUCGUGUCGACCAAUCAGCACAGGGCAACUACAGCUGCUAUGACGACAGCGGGCUCCUCCUCCAUUCCGUCAGGCUCAGACUGGGCCAUCCCCCUGGGCUGCUGAGCAUUUCCUGCCAAGUACCCAAUCACACACAUGUUCGCUGCUCCUGGAGGGACUCUGUAAAAACCUUCCUGCCAGCCAAUUACAACGCCUCCUUCAGGGCAAAGGGUAAGGAGUGGAAGCCGUGCAUCGUGGACCUCACCAACAGGCACUGUGAUGUACAAGAUCCUCGUUUUUGGCAGACCAUCCAUACACUUGCAGUCACAGAGACCAACGCUCUUGGGUCCCAGACAACUUACGUCCAUAUCAGGCUAAAUGAGCUUUUGAAACCAGACCCUCCACAGUCUGUGUCUGUGCAUGAAGUGGAAGGAUAUCCAACAUAUCUAAAGGUUUCGUGGAGCAUUCCCUCUUCCUGGCCAGACGGACAAUCGUUUCCUCUAAUGUUUCAGAUUCGAUACAGACCACUGGGCUCCUCGUACUGGUCAGAGAUCUCGACAACAAAGGAAGAAGUUGAAAUAUUCGACGCCCUCGCAGGCCACCCCCACCAGCUUCAGGUUCGAGCCCGUGACGACGUGGCCAUGGACAGCCAGUGGAGUGAAUGGAGCCCCCUGAGUCUCUUCAUACCCUUGCAAUCCUCCACCGUCCCCGACUCUUCAGAGUACCCAGACUUCUUUGAUAUCUUCAGCACACAACCGGAAACGUUUACGCCCAAGACCCACGGUGUCGUACAAGGGGACGAAGGAAACAUGGGUCUGGUGAUCCUCCUGGUGUUGUUCUCAGUCUUUAUACUUACCACCGUCCUUUCCCUCAUUUUCGUUGUAUGGAUGAGACAGAGGAGGUAUGAACGUGCCACCAAACAAGAACUUGCCUCCAUGGUCAAGAUGAGAUCUAUGCCAAUCUAAUGUGACAUUUAACAUGCAGCCUUAAAGGUUUGUUUGAGAUGUCCACAACCUGUCAGCUUCAGCAGUGAGUAAACAGCCACUCCACACCACUGUGACACGCUGACCGUCCUCAUUCAGCUAAAUUAUGAACAGAGCAUUACUCCAUCCAACUGGCAGGACAGGAACAAAGGGGCGGAUUACUCACCAUUUACCACAUGACACUGGGGUAAAGCCUUGGAAGCCUUCCAUGGACUUAUUCAGUGGCAUCCAUAAACUGCACUACUCAUAAUGCAUCACGGACUCAACAGGGAAACCUGAGCCCAAACUCCGCUCAGCGGAACGAAGAAGCAACACAGCACCAGGACAAUUCUUCUUUCACUACCAAUGCUGCUUCAGGUGGGCUGACUCUUUGUGCCGUUUUGAGCUUUUUUUUUUUUUAGCAACAAAAUAGGACAAGAAAUUCAGCUGCCAAACACGAGGACAUAGGAUUUUAUCGCGGAUCCGCUUGGCCACCCGGAACGUUUCACUUUCAUUCAUUUAUUUUAUGGGUCUCUUCGUGAGGACGGACAGAAUCUUUCUUACGUUGACUGACUCGAUGCUGUGAAGGAAGCGCAAGCUCUGCCAGUCUGUGCGAGUGUGCGUCUGAUGCCAAAGCAGCAACAAUGGGCAUUACAGCCUCUUUUAGGGGGAUUAGAAAGCAAUCUGUAACCUGCUUCUGGCCUGAGGGACAUUAACGGUUUGGGGAAUAAGGGCCAAGUAGGAAAUGUUGGGUAGUAAGGACUUUCUCUGAUUUGUGAUGAAUGAUUUUUAUGUUGCAUGAUACCACAUGUUGCAUGAAUAGUUUUACAUUGCAUGACCAUGUUACGUUGUCUGUCACUUUAAAUGUAUUCUCUUUGCUCCUUUGUUUUUUUAUCCUUCCAUGCAUAAUUUGUAUUUUUUUUGUGACUGAAAGACUGAGAAGAGAAAGAGGGAGAGAGACUGGCCUUUCACAAAUCACCAGCAUCAAGUUAUCACAUAUUAAGUUAUAUAUAAAGGCUCUAAUAUAGUCAAAGUUUGGUUUAGACAUUUAAAUAUCACCGUCUUUUAAAGAAAUAGUGUCAGACCUCUCCGAAAAAGAAGCUGAACCUAAUAUAAAUCAGAUCUAACCAAAAAUUAUUGCAAAUCUUGAAUUUAUAGAACAGCGUACAAAACACUUUAUUUAGACAAGAUGCAAAUAAAGCAAGAAAGUCACAAUGUAGUAAAUAUCAAAUAUUUCAUAUGGCCCCUUUAAAUUGGACCAAUUGCGGACCAUGAUGUUAACAAUGGCCUUUGCAGCGUGAGAGUCCCUCAGUUGUCCAAACAUUUCGGUGGUGAGACUGUGUUUUGCUUUAAUCAUGGUGUUAGCCUAUCUAGGGAAUCACACGAAGGAUGCCCACAGCAGCUGUGGUAGCCUUACUCAUGACAGGUGGGCAUUAAGCACCCGAGUGCUUUGGUCAUUAGAUAAUUUGAAGGACUGGAAGCACCAGUUUGUAUGCCAACCUAAUCCUGUCCAAACUGGACUGGUAGUGAUCAAGAGUAAUUUAAUAUAAUGCUGCUGGCAGAGUGGCUGCUAUUCGCACAGAUCCUCCCGGCACUCCUCUUGCAUGAACCAGUAAAUGGACUGAAGUAGGAUAUCGCUAAGCAAACACCCCCACGCUAAAAACUACACCUGCUCCUUGUACAAGGAUAUCAGUUUGUGCUGGGGUCUGAAUAUGGUUUGCAGCUGUUAAAAAGUGCACACGCCUCCAAAUUGGGCAUAUUAUGCUUGUGCAAUGUUUUGGGAUUUUCAUGCUAUUGUUCAAAAGAAAAAAAAAUGACACCCCAUGCUAUCAAAAGCCCCUUAAUAGUUCUGCAAGAUUUGCAAGCAAGAUCCCCGCAUUACCGAUUAGUCUUUUCUCGUCCUAAAAAUUUUUUGUACCGACAUCCUAGAUCACGUGUGUUUCAGCGCAAGAAGUUGGGAUAACCCAAAGGAGUGUGGAUUCCAACUUGCAGAAAGUAUUAUAAAUAUGAAUCGUGGGGGAUUUCUCUUAAUUCUGAAGGGAAAUUCCUGAAAGGGCAGAGCUGUGUCUCAAUCCUCAUGCAGGCUGUUCAAAACAAAGUCAAUGCUUGAAAUACAAGCACAGUCUAUCUUUAGCAUGUUUAUAUCUGCAUCACAUUCUCAGAUUAUAGAAAAAAAGUGGAAGACCAUGUGGUGAAGAGGUGGAUCAGGGGCGUAAUAACGGUGGGUCGACUUCAAGACCUUGUUCUUUACCCCCUUAAAGAACAUGUAUUAAACACAGGUGUACAGUAAAAUUUGAAAGGGGCUGAGGAUAACUCCUGGCAUCAUAUUUAGCGAUGAGGAGCGGAAAAGAGGAGGCAAAAAAAAAGCAUGAGCCGCAGCCCAUAGGGGUCUAUAAUACCAUUACAUGUAAACUCGGGGUGUAACGGUACAAGUGAGUGUAUUGGACCGUUCAGUUAUUUGUUUACUUUUUGUAUUCUAUUUUAUUUUUAGUGAGAGAUUAAGCGCCACGGAACUAAAGUUCCUAAGCGUGUAUCAGCACGGAUGCUGUUAACUGUUGUAGUGCCUUGUCAAACGAGUAGCAUGGCAACGAAUAUAAGAGCUUGGAGACCAUCCCACGGUUUCAAUAUGGUUUUGUUCGACGUGGGGCUGACUUCUGCAGCUGAGCAUCUCAUGCAGUAUGAAUAGACAGAGCCAAAACAAACUUCUUCGUGUCCUUGCCAUCCUGACUACAAGAAAAAAAAAAAAAAACCUCUCUGUUCUAGUGGAGUAUGUAACAAGCUUAGGUUGUUAGCGCAUUUAAAACGACUUCAUCCAAAUGUAACCGUCUGUUCUACGAGGAAGUAAAGCAGCUUAGUGCGAUGGCUGAUAACCGCAGCAUCUAAGCAGGUCAUUCUGAACGGGUCAAAGCAUAAAUAAGCAUAGAUAAACUAUAUUAGCAAUUUGUUAGUAUAAUUUAUUUAUUGUAAAGGGUGCCGUUUAUUUAAAAUAUCACCCAAAUAGGUUGCUUUUCUCUAGUUUUAUACCAAUAUUGUAUCGAUUACUUGGCUUCUUUUCAGAUUAAACAUUUUUUAAGUCCCUCCUUCUGCCUUUUUUGUACCGAAAUUUAAUCGAACCGAGCCCCUCUUGAAACUUAACUGAACCAAAAUAUGAUUUUAGUGUACCGUUACACCCCUAAUGUUAACACAAUACGGAAACACCUCUCAGCUGCAUCCGCUAAUGCCACUUAAUAACUAAUGAACAUCCUGAUGUGGUUACCUCCUUUAAAAUAAGACUGAAACUGAUGGUUGAGGUGCAGAAACCUCACAUACUGUAUAUAGAAGGUGAAAGAGACAGAGAUUCCACAAAUGGUAGACAAAGGGCUAUUGUGCGAAUAUUAAGAUCCCAGGUGCGUGAUAAACGCCCGCCACACUGUAAUUAGGUUUUUCAGAUUUGGCACUGCCAAUUUUCAUAAAAGUUUUGGAGGUGUUAAUCCUGCCUAUGUGAAGUUACUUUUUUUUAAGGUUAUGUAUGUAAAGGUAGACUUAGUUACAAAAUUAGAUAUGUUUGACAUAAGAAAAACUGUAGCUCCAAAGUCUUUUGAUAUAUAUUUUCAGCUAAAUCCUGAGUGUAGGGUAAGCUUAUCAAAGCACUUAAAGGGGACACAUCAUGCAAAAUUCACUUUUUUAGCCCUUAAAUACAUUUUGCUGUGGCCAUUUUAUUGUAGUCUCUAGGAGUGCAGAAAAUUUCAAUUUACUCUUUCCAGGUGGCACGUAGUUGUUAUUCACGCCAUUCCGUGGAUAAUGCAUGGUCACGGACAUCCGGCUUACCGAUUUAGGGAAGCCGCCAUUUUUAUAUGUUUUCGCUGCAGUUUUGUAGUCUAAGCCCGAGGAUGCCAAGCUACAAGUGGGUAUGGGAAAACAUUUGGUUAUUGGGUGUAUUAACCCACACAAAUCAUUACACUGUCCCCCAGCAUACUACAAAAAAGUGGAAUGCUCUGCGAUCUGAGGGGUGGGGGGCAGUUUGUGAAGUGCCUUGUUUGCAUUUAAAGGGGCCGCACCAAUACAACCGUCUCUAAAGAUGCACAUCAGAACAGGGCUAAAAGAGGGGCUGUGGGGCAACAAUACAAAGGAAUUCACACCAAAGCAUUGCAGUUCCACUUUAUAUAGACUACAACUGAAUGAUUUAAGUGUAAAAAAGAAGGCAUUAAAAAGUAUGAUAUGUCCCCUUUAGGUUUUACAUUUAGCUGAAAUGAAAGCAUCUUCCUUAGAGGUCUACUAUAGAUGUUUCUGCUUUUUAACCCCUUUACAACAAUAAAGAGGAUGCAUAAAGUACGACGUAUAACAGAUCAGAUUAGUAGGAGGCAAAUAUUUACAUUGGAACUUGGUUCCAUUGUCAACACGGGGUCUUCUUUUUACGCAAGGUAGGCAGCUUGUGGACAGUUACUACGGAUGUUAGCAUGUGGUUAUGAGCUACCCAGUAAAUGAAUGGGUUUUGGUAUGCUGAAGACAUUUAGCACUUUUCAAGGAAAGCAGUAAAAGGUUGGAAUAAGGCGAGAAAAUGCACAUCAACUGCAUUGAAAACACGGCGGAUCGUUUGAGGGUUGCACAGCUUCGUCACAAUUUGUAAACCUCAAUGUUGGGUGUUAAUUAGCUGUUAACCUGUCAGCUAACGUUUAGGUAACUGAAUGUGUACAUGAGAAACUUAUGAGAAAACAACUUUAAAUUCUGAAAUACCUCUUUUACAGCAUUCUUUCUUUGAUUCCCUCCUCUGUAUUUUUGUUCCCUUUAUCCCGUCUUUGGUUUUAUUUACAAAAUGUAAAGUGUCGUUUAACCCUAGUUCUAGAAACACAAAGGUGCAUCUAAGUGAAACUGUUUCAGUUUGACAAACUAUGUUCUCUAAAGCUAACUUCAUAUAUAUAUAUAUAUAUAUAUUUCUGCAUGGAUUCCAGCAAAGCUUCCUUGUAUAUUGUUACUGUAUAUCACAGAUGAUGUAUGUUAAAGUGUAUGUGGUGUGUAUAAACCUGUUCAUUAGGGGGUAGGUUUGCAGACAUGGUUUGCUCUGUCACAGAUCAACAGAUAUUUCAGAGAAUUAUUGGACAGAUUUUGAGUAAGAGCUUGAACUUCCACAUGUGAAUGAUGUUGGCACAGCGCCUUGCAAGAGUAUGCAUUCAAAAACUGUUCUAACAUAUGAAUAGGCUUUGAUCUAAACUACGCCGUUAUUUAUUUGGCUAAACGUUUAGUGUCAUUAGCCGUCUUUCCGUCAACAUUUUUUAUGUCUUUUGAAGUAUUGCAUUAGGAAAGGUUGAUGGAAACGGCAAAAUUCUAAAUAACUUCCUCAAUUUCACACAAAAGUUUUUACGCUUGCUUGAGGUGGUUUCUGGCUUUCCCAACAACAACAAAAAAAAGAGUUAAUGCGCAAAACGGGAGAUGGAAACACAUUUGUCGAAGAAGUUCUGACGUAGCGAAAGUUUAACUCACAUGGACUAUCAGCUGUUUCCGCUGUCGGGUGUCUUCCCGGAUAUUCCCACAAUGCAUUUCUCUCUACUGUAGCAUCGCAAAAUGUUUAGAAGUUUCGGGGUAUUGAAUACUUUUGCAAGACACUGUAGAACAAUAAACACAAUUCAUAGUUUCUGCUUCUAACUAGCACUACUGACUUAGUAUAAUUCAUGUCUGCAGAACCUUUCCUGCAAUAUGUAUUUGUGUCUUUGACCCCAGUUACAUGAAGCUGUGUUGCUGUACACUCACUGUAUGGAUAAUGAAUCGGUUUUGUUCUGACUCGCUUAAUUCUUGGACUCACUUCGUCUCUGUGCCGUCAAGUGAACCACAGAUUUCCUCUUUCACCUCUUCCAUUGAAACAUGGUGUCAAUAUUCAGAAGUUUACACAUUUAGGCUCAAACCGGAUUAGGAAAAUGGCAAGAAUUUAACAAUUUUAUCAAGUGCUGGUAAUCUGAAAACCAUCAAAACUAUUUCCCUAAUUUUGACAGCAUAAUGAAAGAAAUUCAUCUUUUUGAUUCUUAAAAAAAAAUCCUAAUUGCAGGUACUUCAAUUAAUUGGAUUGGAAACCGUAUAUUCCUUAUGGAUUCUAUGUGCUCAUUAUCGUCCUGUAUUGACCUGGCUUUGCGGUUCACAGUUACUUGCUUCGUGUCUACAACUGAAGCACCUAUGGGUGGCAUUUCUGUUUCUGUGGACAGAUCUCCUUCGUUAUCCCUCUGCAGUGUGAUACCACAUGGAGCCUGUUGGUUUUUAAUCACACACGUCAAAUACACUCAGGCAUCCUCUCUCAGAUGUAAAUAGUCUUUUUUUUUUUUUUCUUUUUUCCUUGCGAUGUGUGUACAACACAUAUCAUCAUAAGCUGUUAUUCUUCCUGUACUGGUAUGUUUCUGUGAAAUAAAUACUAUUUUACCACA